AUGCUGCAGAUGUCAUCCCUGGGUUUCUCUGAGUUGUCCCGUUCCGGUGGUUCACGUUUCGAACUGUGGGACGAGGCGAAGUCUGAUGCGUACGCGAUUGAAACGUUGGAUGCUGAACAACGUCAGCGAUGGAUUCAACGCCUUUCACGAGUCGCACUACGAGAAGACCAACUAGUCCGACAACGACCGAAGAGCUGGACGAGCACGAUCUCGAAUGAUUCGACGUGUUCAAGUAGUACGAGAAGUAGCGAUAGUGAAGUGCCAGUUGACACGAAUGGUAACUCGAAGUCGACCGCAGUGUUCGCCCCGUCUUCAGAAAGCCCAGAUAGUACUGCAAAUGUAGUGGUAGUAAUGGUGAGGCGAUCAGGAGCAAAGCUGUCAGCCACUGAAGAGUACUCCGUUGGCGUCCAGCUAUCGACGGGCCGCUUGAGAUUCACCAGUAUCGAGGUGGACAUGCCGAUCACAUCGAUAGCUCCAAUACCGGAAUCACAUUCGGCGGAAGAACUUGUUGAUAGUUGCUGA